CCUCCAUAAGUUUAUUUUUAGUUCUGCUCCCACAAAGUCCUGAACUGCGAUUGGAAUUCCAUUUUCCCGAUUCCAAAAUCCCAAAACCCAAAUGAAAUGGAUCCAUCGUCGUUAGAGGACAGUAUCUCGUGGGAUUUUCUCGAUUAUAGCUUCAUCAGCGGCAACCCUUCCCCCGAAUUCUGUUUGCCCGAUCAUAGUGCUAGCGUGGAAAUUGAUUUUUCGUCUGGGCGAGAGGGAGAUUGCGGCCAAAGAGACUGCUCGCGGAAGAGGGGGAGAAAUGAUUCAUGCAGCAGGCCUGUCUCUAAAGCUUGCCGUGAGCGAUUGCGAAGGGAGAGAUUGAAUGACAGGUUUCUAGAGUUGAGUUCUGUUUUGGAUCCUGGGAGAACUGUCAAAACUGACAAGCAUGCCAUACUUGAUGACGCAAUCAGAAUUUUGAACCAAUUGAGAUCUGAAUCUCAAGAACUUAAAGAGACAAAUGAGAAACUACUGGGAGAAAUACAAAGUCUAAAGGCGGAGAAGGAUGAACUUCGUGAAGAGAAGCUUGUGCUGAAGGCAGAUAAAGAAAGGUUGGAACAGCAAUUGAAAGCUAUGGCUAUUCCCCCUGCUGGGUUUAUACCAGGCCAUCCAGCUGCAUAUCAUGCUGGGCCAAACAAGAUGGCAGUUUUUUCCAGCUAUGGGUUUGUUCCAAUGUGGCAGUACUUGCCUCCAGCUGCCCGUGAUACAUCUCAUGAUCAUGAGCUCAGGCCCCCUGCUGCAUAGUUUUUUGAUAUUGGUAUCAAUUGUAUUCUUUUACUAUUAUUCAAGAUUUUGUUACCUGUUAACAUGUAUAUAUAGUUGCUGUUUCAGUAGGGCCUAUUUCAAAGUUCAACUAUUGGGAAUUGCAUGCA